GGAGGAGGAGGAGGAGGAGGGGGGAGAUAAGAGUGAGAGAAGACAAGCCAGCUUCCAUUUCUCUUCAGCACCACCAUCUGCACCGUCUAAGUCCACCUUCUAUCCAGUCAGGAGCUGCUGGAAACUUGGACAGAAGGAGACAACAAGGGGGGCUGUAAAAGGGGGACAUGGCCUCCUGGUUCAGCUGGAACGAGCCGUACUACCGGAGCCCCCGGCGGGACCCGACAGACGUGGUGACCGACACCUUGAUGCUGGAGCUGACCUGGCAGCUGAAGGAGGCGGAGAGGCAGCAGAGAGAGAGGGAGAGCGAGUACCGGCGUCUGAAGACGGGAGUGGACUACAGCUGGUUGGCCAGCACGCCGCGCUCCACCUUCACCAUCAGCACCGGCGAGAGGCUGGGCCUGGAGGACCUGUGCUCCAAGGUUCCGCCUGUCAGCUGCGGCCUGGUCAUUCUGAAGUUUCGGGAAGCGAUGCAAGCCAACGAGCCCGAGGUCCAGGACGUGUCCGCCCUCUUCCGCUCCGUCCUCCUGGAGGCAGUGCAGAACCUCAAGGAGGAGCAGCAGGCGCAACGGCUCACGCGCCAGUGGACCAACAAACGCGCCAUGAGCGUCUCCCUCAUGAACUUCCGCUCCAGGAUCAAGAUCAACCCGUUCGGGAGCGCGACCACUCUGACCCCGUCCGCGGCCAACGGGGCGCCGCUGAGCGACCUGAAGACGGUGUCGGAGGAUGUGGAGCGAGGGACGGAGAGGGAGGAGCGGGUGUGGAGCAUGCCCGACUUUAGAUACAAGGGGACGGGGAGCAGUGAGGUUGUCUGACCAGCCGCCCGCUGGAACUUCACGAACAAUCCCUGAACCUUUCACCUGACUCAUUUACAAAGACUGUGCUGAGCUCAGAAGCAACCAGGAAGCUGCAUCUCCCCCUAUUUCUAUGUGUUCAUCGGGUGUCUAUUCCACCAUUCAUCCCAUCAGCAAUGAAAAUGGUCGGUAAAAAUCAUAAUAAUAUAUUCUUUGUUUUUUUUUUUUUUUUAAAGUCACUUCAGUUAUCAAUAAGUAGGAAGCUAUAUUUGUGUGGUAACGUUCACUAUAAUGAUUGAGUUACCAUAAAGAAUAUUAUUAGGAUUUAAAUAUUAGAUUUUCAUCAUAUAAAUUAUAAACAAAUAAUAAUAGAUAUUAUAUAAUAACUUUUUUUUUCUAUAAUACUCAUUGAAAAUGAAAUUAAAAACAAAGAACAAACUGGAAGAUAUCUUAACUGAGAAGCUUUUUUUCAUGGCAAUAUUUGUCGAAUAUUUGUUGAAUUAAACACUUCAUUUUGCUAUUUAUGACUGAUAUUUACAAUAGAUUUAUGAAUUUGAUCAUACCACAUGACUAAGUGGAGGCUUCGUGUCAGAUGAUACUUAAGAUUAAAUUAUCUUUGCUGGACAGAUUCAAAUACCCAUAUUCACACAACAUAAAAAACGACUUUAAUAUGGUAUAACAUGAGCUAAAAUGACAACUGCAGUCGCUCAGCCAGGCGCCUCUGAACUUAUGGCCCUUCUGUUCAGCAUCUCUCAUGUACGAGAAACGCUUCCCUCUUUGAAGUGAAAAGAGGUUCAUACUGAGUGUGAGUCGUGUGCUGCUGGAUGAAAGAUUCCGCUGCGUGGGAUUCUCACAUCUAUUCACCGCUCAAGGUCUGAGAGCUUCCACACGGCUGCCUUCAUCAGGACAAAUAAACGAGUGCUUUAUAUCA